AAAUUUAUACCGCAAAAAACUUCAAUAAUACUUGACAAAAUGAAAACACUAGUAAUCCCUAUUACAGAAAUUAAAAAAGAAAGGCUUAAAGAAAUAAAUGAUCAUAUCGAGGGAUAUCCUCUGAUGAGCGAGAAACUGAAGACAGGACUGUAUUGGCUUAGCGGCACAAUGGCUGCUUUAGUUAUUAUAAUUGUUGUUUCAGUUUUCUAUACCAGUGUUGGUUCAGCAGCUGCGGCUAGUUUUGCAUCUUCUCAAUCGUAUAAACCUUUCAGUACUACUGGCGCUGCUGCUGGCAGUGUAAUUGUUGAAGUAUUGAUCUUUGGUUUAACAUAUUUUGCUAAAUAUAUGAUUGACCAAAAAUCACAGGAGCUCGCGAAAAAUUUUAAAAACAAUUUAAAACCUUUGCUUACCCAAUAUAAUAAUAAAGAUAAUCCGACUGCUAAUUGGAGAUUUGUAUGGCGGAAAGUACUCUCGCAUUACAGUAUAGAGGGAACUGCAGGUGCGAAUGGAAAUAUCAAGGGGAAAUCUGUGCCACAAUUCGUUGAACAGGCUGAAAUAGUGCUCGAACUUAAUGAUGCACUCUCUGAGUUAACUGCUGAUACAGUUACAGUGAAUAAAGAAGUUUCAAAAAUUCAAGAAGAGAAGAGUAUCACUACGGUCACUACAAUACAAUAG